CGGCAGGCGCAUUUUGCUCCGUGUACUGCGACGCGAAGCCGCAGCAGCAUGCCCGCCGAUCUCGCGAGGGCGUCCACCACCGACCUGCUGGCCGAGCUGAAGCGCAGGAUGGAGUCGCCUCCGAAGAAGAACAUCAUCCUCGUGGGGCCGCCCGGCAGCGGCAAGGGGACGCAGGCGCCGCUGAUAAAGGACAAGUACAAGCUGUGCCACCUCGCGACCGGCGAUUUGCUACGCGCCGCUGUCGCUGCUGGGACGGAGAUGGGGAAGGCGGCCAAGGAGGUUAUGGAGAAGGGCGGCCUCGUCUCGGAUGAGAUUGUGAUUGGCAUCAUCAAAGACAACAUCUCGACGCCCGACUGCGGCAACGGCUUCAUCCUGGACGGCUUCCCGCGCACGGUGGUGCAAGCGGAGAAGCUGGAUGGGAUGCUGACCUCGGAGGGCGUCGGCCACAUCGACCACGUCAUCGAGUUCAAGGUGCCCGACGCGACGCUCGUCGAGCGCAUCUGCGGCCGGCUCAUCCACCCGGCGUCUGGCCGCAGCUACCACGAAAAGUUCCACCCGCCCAAGGUUGCGGGCAAGGACGACGAGACGGGAGAGCCGCUGGUCAAGCGCAAGGACGACAACGAGGAGACGCUGACGAAGCGGCUCGACGCCUUCCACAAGCAGACGAAGCCCGUCGUCGACUACUACGCAAAGCAGGGCCUGUACUCGCCGGUCGACGCCGACCGCAAGGCCGACUCCGUCUCUGCCACCAUCGCCGCUAUCCUCGCAAAGUGAGCUCCUCCACUAGUCGUAGCCCUCAAGCGAGCGCGCAGCGCCCUCUUCCUCUCUACCUCCCUUACUCUCUCCGGGGUGUGGUUGCGGUGAUUGUCGGCCCCGUGGCUCGGUGUCUGAGCACACGUCCGACACGCACAGCUCGACGACCAGCGUCGGUGUGUGAGAGUGUUCUGCAUGCUCAAUUCUCUUGAUCCGCCCUUGGCUUG